CCUGUAUUACCGUGACAGAAAACCGAGACUCUUUUACUAGAACGCGAUUCGAAAGACGAGAAUUAUGCUUUCCUCUGCUCGUCACGCUUUUGCUCGCGCGCCGCGUCGUGCUUUCUCAACAACUUCGACGCGUUCGUACGACGUCUCCAAGCUCAUCCUCAUUGGACGACUAGGCAAAGACCCUGAGGUUCGUACCACCAAGAGCGACAAAGAAUAUGUUUCCUAUGCCGUAGCAACCACCAACUACCCCCCACCACCUCCUAACCCUGAUGGCAGCCGUCAAGAGGCUGGAACGACAUGGCACAACAUCAUUUGCUUUAAUCCCGGUCAGACCAACUACUUGCGCACUCUCCAGAAAGGGGCCCAAGUAUACGUCGAGGCAAACUUUGAGCUUCGUGACCCGGAUCCAAGCGCAGACUCAUCUUCGCCGCAGGGUCAAAGACAGAUAUUCCUUAGACACGAAACCAUCCGAGUCAUCAGGCAGGCCCCCUCGCAUGAGACCCAUGAGUAGAUGCAGCAUGCAUGUUAUUCCAUGACCAUCCGCCCGUCUUAUUGGUAUCUAUUACACGCCACCCCUCACUCUCCCCGAUAAUAUAUGUUACAUU